AUGUUAGGGAAGCGGAUUGGGGCUAGAUUCCUAAUGUCCAGACUUGUGAGGCUAUGGUGUUUGGUAAGUUCCUAUGAGCUGAUUGAUUUAGAUAAUGGAUAUCUGCUUAUUCGAUUCCAAGAUGACAAUGAUUAUCGUCAUGUGCUGGAAGAGGGCCCGUGGAUAGUGAAUGAUCACUAUGUCAUUGUUCAACGUUGGAGGCCACUCUUUGAUCCUUAUGAUGAGGAUUUUAGGAAAGUUGCUGUUUGGAUUAGGAUUCCGGGUUUGCCCAUUGAGGUGUACAAACCUCGCCACCUAUGGAGAAUUGGGAAUUUCUUUGGUAGAACGCUGAAGGUGGAUCGAAAUUCACUUCGAAAAAAUGAAUUGGGUGAUGCUGUUAUCACAGAGAGAGGCAAAUUUGCUCGAAUUUGUGUAGAAGUUGACUUGAGAAAGAGUUUCCUUUCGAAGUUUACCAUAGGGAGCAAGAUCUAUCAUGUUGGAUAUGAGGGAUUACACCUCGUCUGCUUCAAGUGUGGCUUGUAUGGCCACAGGAGGGAUCAAUGCCCAGCGGACCAAGCUCCAGAGGUUCAGACUACCGUGGAAGAGUCCAGUAAGGGGCAAGUUGUUCCUUCCAAUGCCAAGCCUGUGAGUGAGGUGACCAAGGAGAAUCAGGGGGAAGCAUUUGGAAGCCCACCCAAAGUCUCAGGGGUGGUUAAUUCUGACAUCAGUCCGCCUGCUGUAUGUUCUCCUCCAGCUAAAGUGACUGAUCCUAGGAUCUGUGUGGCUGUUAAGGAGGAAGCUCUUUCUGGUGAGAAAGCUCAAAAGAGCUUAAAAUCUCCUGAUCAUCCGGCAAAGAGGAAUGUAACUAGGGAUCCUAAGGAGCGAGCCAAGAUCCAGCCCAAGGCCAUUCUAAAGAAGCCAGGUGUUGAGAAUAUUCCUCUGAAUGCUGGGAUUGAGGGCCAACCCAAAGGGACCAGUAAAUUCAGGAUUAGAAGUAAAGGGACCUUGGAUGUAAGAGAUUUUGUUGAGGAUGGGAACAGCAUGGCAGCUAAGAAGGGCUUGAGUGUAGCUGGGCAGAAUUCCCUGGGGAUUACUUCUCCUAAACAAGGGGUAGGGAAGAGAAGCUUCCCUCCCCUUAUUAGAGAUCUAAAUAACAGGUUUAAAGUCAGUGUUUUGGUUUUGCUGGAGGUUAGAGUUGGUGGAUCUAGAGGUGAUAGGAUCAUCAACCAAUUGGGGCUUUCGAGCCAUUUCAGACAGGAUCAUGUGGGUUUCUCAGGGGGUGUGUGGUUGCUCUGGGAUGAGAAAAAGGUGAAACUGGAUGUGUUACAGACUCAUCACCAAUUUGUGCAUACAAGGGUUCACUAUCUUGACUCUCUGAAGACUGACUUCAUUACAUUCAUCUAUGGUAAUCCUAGGAGACUUGAGAGGAGAAUCCUUCGGGAAGAAUUAAUUUCCAUAAGCCUCUUGGUGGACAUCCCUUGGCUGUUGAUGGGCGAUUUUAAUUCCAUUUUAUCUUGCUCUGAGAAGAUAGGAGGUAAGGAGAUCUGUUGGAGUAGUAUGUCUGAGUUGCAACAGUGUCUUUUUGGGUGCAAUGUUUCUGAUUUGGGUUUCAAAGGACCUGAUUUCACUUGGAAGAGGGGUAGACUCCAAGAACGUUUGGAUAGAGCCUGUGCUAAUGAAGAAUGGAACCUAGCCUGGCCUAAUAGAUUUGUAUCUCAUUUGCCUUUCUUUGAUUCGGAUCAUAGAGCUAUUCUGGUGGCAAAUGGUGAUGAGGCUAGGCCUAGGGAUUACUCUAGAAGCUUCAGAUUUCUUGCAGCUUGGCUCACUGUCCCAGAGUUCGGUAAUCUGGUCAAGGAUAGUUGGGAGAAUAAUGAGGGGUGA